CUUAAAGAGACAGGAGCUAAAACAGAGCAUUUCAGACAGAGGGGGAAUACGGUGCUGCAGACAGUAUGAGAAAGCUGGGGUGUUAAUUGAGCAUUAGAGCAUGUAAAAAUAUUCUAGUUGUAACCCAAAAUAAAGUUAUGAACCUGAAAAUGAGCAUAAUAUGUCUCCUUUAAGGGAUUGUGCCUACAUUCCACCUCAGGUCUGUGGAUGUAAAUGCAGAGUCAUGCUGCAAAUGAACGUAAAGUAGCAUAAACACCAGUAUUACCGGAGCGCGAAGCCUUUAAUACGCUUUACUCAGACAUAUAUGCGACCUGCAGUUGCCUAAAGGUCAUGGAAAUGUGCUUGUGACCAGAGGAUUGCUGACGUAAAACCCUAGAAUAACCCCUCACUCGACACUGGAGCUACUUAGUGACCCACAAUAGCAUACUGAGACUGCUCCUCCUUCUAUCCUGAAUUCCACCCAGUUCUUUCUGGACCUGAUUUAAACAUUGUGAACUUCUCACUUCUGCAGCCCCUGUGAUUGCAUUUAAAAAAAAUCAACUUGCAAGUAAAACUGCUGUUUAACAAGCCAGACAUUAUGUUAUUUAAAUCUCUGAGUACCGAGCGCUGAACCAUGAUAAUCAGACUCGUUUUAAAACGCACCGCUGAACAUCUGCUGCACAGUCAUAUGUGCUCGAGUUAAAAGAUUUAAAUAAUCCCCGCCUGUGACCUUCCAGCAAUAAUUACCAAGAUUACCUUAUAUUUUUCAAACAGGUUAAUUCUAGCACAGGGUACUACAGUAUAUACAGUAAAGUUUAUAUCGUUGUACAUUUUAAGCUGAACUGUUGUCUCUGCUCUGAGGUACAGAAAACAACAAAUCUGGAAUGUGGAACGAAAGUAAAAUGAAGAAUUCUAAAGUUGCCAUGAAGCUUUUAGCUGCUAAUAAAAUACAAACACUGUGUCCAGGCCUUUGUUUGAGAUUUAGGACCCAAAUGCCUGCUUCUAAUCACGCCUUGGAUGAUGACAAAGAGGAGAUGCAGUUAAAAGUCAAAACUCCAAUGAAAGAGAGGCGAAUGGAGGGUUGUCCCAGCCUCGGCCUCCAGAGCAGCAGUGCCUCUCCUUGUCUUCCCAUCUCGGACCAGCCGCGUUGCGUGGUGAGACCGGGAACGAUGGGCCGAAAGCUGGACCUGUCGGGCCUGACGGACGAUGAGGCAGAGCACGUCCUGAAGGUGGUCCAGCGGGACAUGAAGCUGCGAAAGAAAGAGGAGGAGAGGUUGAGCGAGAUGAAGCAGGAGCUGGCGGAGGAAGGCAGCAGAUGCUCCAUCCUCUCCAAGCAGCACCGCUUCAACGAGCACUGCUGCAUCCGCUGCUGCGCGCCCUUCACCUUCCUGCUCAACCCCAAGCGCCUGUGUCUGGACUGCCAGUACAACGUCUGCAAGACCUGCUGCACCUACAACAAGAGGGACAAAGCCUGGCUGUGCUCCGCAUGCCAGAAGGGCAGGAUUUUACGGACACAGUCGCUUGAGUGGUAUUAUAACAAUGUGAAGAGUCGCUUCAAGAGGUUCGGCAGCGCCAAGGUGUUGAAGACUCUGUACAGGAAGCACAUUAUAGAGAGAGGAGCGCUCUCUGAUCUCCCAGAAAGCAGCGUUCACGAGGGAAGCACCGGCAACGACAAUGAUGGCAGCAUCUGUGGCAGUGACUCCGCCUUCUACAAACAGAGCGAAGGACACAGCAUGGCGGAGACGCUCACAGUCGCCCUGCGUGUUGCUGAAGAGGCUAUAGAGGAGGCCAUCGCUAAGGCAGAGGAGUUCAGCGACAGCUUGGAGAAGCAGAAUGAGGCACGGUAUCUGCGGGACCACAAAGAAGAACUCAUAGAGGAACUUGCUACAACCAUUGUGCAAAAAAUCAUUCAGAGGAGGAAGCGCUCAGAGAUGCAAACGGAGUAUGACUUUGUCUGGCCUCAGCCUCAGUCCCUGAUUCAGCCCAGCGAGCUCCCCUCUCCGUCUCAGCCUCAAGCUUCUUCGCAAGGACCACAGGACCCCCUCAAGACCUCCUACUCCCUCUGGCGCUCGCGGUCGGCAUUCUCCCUCACCAGUGACGACUCCCCAGAGAAGGGCCCAGAGGAGGAGGGCGCCGGAGCAGGCGGGGGAGGUGGCGGCAGUGGCGGCGGUGGCGGCUUGCAAGACUACGCUUCUCUGAAGAGGGAGGGCAAGGCCACGUCUCUGCCCAGCUGGAAGAGUGUCGACCGCCUGGACAACUCGAGUGCGUCCUCAGUGCUCCAGAGUCCAGACGGCAACUGGAUCGCCCUGCACAGCUCCCAGCUGUCUCGGCCCAGCCUGCUAACCAAGAGGAAGAGCCUAGUGUUCAGCGUGUUGGAGAAAGAGUCCGGCGUCGUCUCGGCGUACGACGAGAUGGGAUCCGACUCCGAGCCGGACGACGAGGGCGGCUGGGGUGCGGCGUUGCGACAGUUCCGCCGCAAGCUGUCCGAUGAGACUUACUACACGGACUCGCAGCACGACCCCGAGUGGACUUACACCCAGCACCUUCCCAUCACGUCGCCGUCCUCCGGACAGUACACCAACACAGAGACUCUCAACUCAGACUCAGAGGCCUCGUCCGUGCUGUCAGCAUGUCCCCGCAAAGCACCUCACAACCCGCUGAGGAAGAAAGGGCCGGCGGACACACACCUGCAUCCUCAUCACCAGCCGCUCUACCACCAACACCUUCACCAGAACUUCUCUCCGUAUCCACUGCAGCCAGAGGCGCUGGAUGUGAACUUUAACCCCAAGGUGAUGGGAGACAGCAGCGAGGCUGAGGAGAGGCAGAUCGACCCGAUCAGAAGGUCGCGGCGACGCAGGAAAAGCAAGAGGGAGUCGUCGACAGAGAGCCGGCCUGGAGGCCAGAGCCACACACAGUCCAUCUACCCAGUAGUACAAGAGAACAGCGGUUUUCUACUCAACGCCCUUCUGAAGAGAGGUUUAAGUGAGGAGCACUCAGCACCUGACUCUAUGCCGACGGCCACAGCUGCACCAGACGCCUUCAAACUAGAUGCCAUGACACCCGAGCCAGAGGACUUGGACACGGUGGCUCCAAACUCAGCUGCACCGAGCCCUCCACAACCCCACUCUCUGGCUCUGGUGGCCAAGCUCUCGCCCAGCAGCCUGGGGCCCGUAGACCCCCUGGAAGAGGAGCUGCGGUCCAGACUCAGCCAGCUGGUGAGCCGGGCCAACAGCAAAGACAGCAGCUCAUCUGAGGAGGAGUGUUUGAAGCGGCCCACAGACAAACAGACGGAUAAAGAAAGUGACAGACAGCGAGAGAAGACGAGGCCGAAGGAGACGGAGAAGGAAAGACAAAGGGCGAGUGACAGAUUAAGAGACAGGGCAAGUGAAACAGUGGAACGAGUGAACGGACAAGAGGGGAAGAGAGGCGAGAGACUACUGAAGAGCCAGUCGGUGAGGGAGGAGGGAAGAGGGAGGGAGAGGAGGUUGGAGAGGGGAGCGGGAAGUUUUGAGUUGACGGCGGACGAGCUGGAGCAGAAGAGGGGAGACAAGCGUGAGCCGAACAGACAGAGCAAGAGGCAACACAGAAGAGAUGCAGAGAGGGAUGGAGAGCAGAGAGGGGGAGUGAGGAGGAGCGGGUCCAGCGCCAGUUCACCUGCUGUUACACCUUCUUCCCAGGAGGGGGUGCUGUCUGACAACCAGGCGGGGAAGAAUGACUUGGAGCAACAGCAGAGGCUUCAGUUGCUCUCCUCUCUCUUACAGCAGAAGUACUCGGCGGCCUCUCUCUGCAGUAUCACCACCGAGGUGCUGAAGGUUUUGAAUGCCACAGAGGAGCUGAUCGGUGAGGCAGGAGGUGACAGCUACACCCCGUCAGAGUCCAUGAAUGCUUCUCCCAUCUCCAGCAGCUGCGAGACCCGCAGGCUGGACCAGAGGCUGACCAAGAUGGAGGAGAAUGUGUACCUGACUGCCGGUGCUGUGUACGGGCUGGAGGGGGCGCUGGGGGACCUGGAGCAGUGUGCCCGCAGUAUCAGCAGUGGCACCACAGACACAGAGCUGGCCUUCCUGGAGGACCAGGUGGCCACGGCAGCCGCUCAGGUUCAGCAGUCUGAGCUACAGGUAUCAAACAUUGAGGCCAGGAUAACAGCUCUGAAAACAGCUGGGCUGAAUGUGGCUGUCUGCAAUCGCUUCUCCAAGUACAAGCCAAAGGCAAAGCCUCAAACCCUGGACUCAUCACGCCAUCAGAGGAGGAAGCUACCAGCCCCUCCACUGAAAGAAAAGCUGGAGCCAGAGCAGCAGGUAAAAGUGUUUCGGCCAUAGUGACAGUCAGCAGCACAACGAGUCCCUCAGGGGGGGCCUCUCAUCCAGUGCCUUGACCCAGUGUCCGCCUCCAGCUCCAGGCCAAGCAGGGGCCAACACCUGCCCUGUGUGACUCACCAAGCACUCUGCCCUCAGCCUGGCACGGUACAGCGCCAGGCAAUGCCUCACAGAAGACAUUACUGGCGCUUUACUCUUUUUACCACUUUAUCCUCCGUUUUGUCCUCCUCACUGCGCCCACAACAUCAAGUAAGGAUGACUCAACAGUCAGUGUCUCUGCCUUAACAAUCUGCAAACACUCCUCGUGACCCAACUGGAAAAAGAAUACCUGUACAGACAAAAAUGACUCCCAUUUCCUUUUUCUAUCUGUUUGCAAGAGUAUCGUGAUCUACUGUAUAAUGAAGACGUGGAAAAAAAAUCAUGUUAAACUUUCUGUGAUUCAGUGUCCCAAAAAGAGGCUGAGCCGUGUUUUAUACUGCAUCUCCUUUCUCACCAAAUGAAAUGUCAUGAGGAUUCUUAUCAUACUGAAGCCCCCCUGCAGAACUUCCUUUGGAUGAUUGUCCUUUUUCACACACACAGCUAUCAGAUGGUAAUCCUCAUCUGGGGAAUGAUUGUAACACCUUAGACAUUUCAGCCAUUUAAAAAAAUAAAUAAAUCAGUUACCAGAAAAUCAUGUUUAGAUGUGCAAGUAUCAGGACCAAAACGUUUUUUUUCCUUUCCUUCCUGCCACUGAAAUUGCUAGGAAGCAACAAUGGAACACAAAGCACAGAAAUAUACCAUUCUUCUUAAACAGCUAAACAGAAAUAUUUUGAUAUUUUGGGAAAUAUUGACUUUUUUGCUGAGAUUUAAAGAGGGAGUUUGCAGAUCUGUACUAUAAAUGUGAAACAUGGUGUCCUGGACUGGAAACAGGGGAAGCAACUAGCCUGACUAGCACAGCAGCUAAUUUAAGGCUCACAAUUAGCAUGUUAUAUUUUCUUAAAACCGUAGAAGAUGGUGCCAGGCUAGCUGUUUCCCCCUCAAUUCAGUCUUUAAGCUAAGCUAAGGUAGCUAGCUCCUGGUAUUAGCUUCAUUUUUAGCAUCAGACACAAGAGUAGUUUCAGUUAUCUCAGUUAAUCAAGGCUAAACUAACCUAAAGUAGCCAGUUGCCGGUGAUAUAGCUUCAUAUUUAGUGUCAGACACAAGACAAGAGUGGGAUCAAUUAGACGCGUUGAGUCUAAGAUGAACUAACCUAAAGUAGCCGGUUGCUGGCAUUAGCCUGAUAUUUAGUGACAGAUAAUGAGAUCACUUUUCUCAUUUAAUCUAAGCAAUACUAAUGUAAACUUGUUGCUGGUGUUUUCAUAUUUAGAGUACAGGCAACGGAGUAGUACCAGUUUUUCCAUUUAAGUCUCAACAAGAAAGUCAACAGGUGUAUUUCCAACAUGUUUAUAAGAUAGCUAUAUGCCAGCUGUAGUGAUUAAACAGGGAAAUGCUCUACCGAUUAUUUAGAGAAGGAAAUGCUGAAAAUAACUGUAGCCGCACGCACUACAGCCUUAAUGUGGAAGCUGUGGGCUUUUUCAUUGCAGCAAGUCAAAAUGAGGUUCGGUUAACGUCUGAAUGUCAGACACGCUCAGCUCUCAAGACACACUCAAGUCUCCACAGGUUUGACGUUCAGGUUUUUGGUCUGACAGCCUUCCCUCAUGCAGUGUUCUUCAACCCACAGUCAUCCUCUCUCCUCUUCGUUUACUUUCGAAAUAUCGUGGCCUUUGAUUUGAACAAAAAAAAAAAAAAAAAAAGUGUUUUCAUGUUUCCCCUUCACCGGGUCAUGUCUGAACUUUUCUGUUGCGUUUUCAGAAAAUCCUGUAAAGAUUUUUACAUAAUGAAGUCUGACGGGCUAUAUAUAACAAAUGCCAUGAAACCAUGAUUUUGUUACAAGCAAUUUAUUUUUGUACUUUACUGAACAUUUUUAAGCAAUACCACUGAUAUAAGUAUUGUUGCAAAUCGAAGGCUUUAUUCUCUCCUCACAGGAGCCCUCCUCAGUCAGUCCUAUCAGACUCUCUCACGUGUGGUGACUCAAAGUGCUUUCAGUGUAUGCCUGCAUUUACCAUUUGAUAUUUUGCGAGUAAUGACGAUGGUAAAUGUUACAGAAGCACGGAUGACAAGCAUGCAAUUUUGGGAGCGUGUUUGUGCUCCUUAAACACUCGAUUUGAGAAUACUGCCUUUCAUUUUCUGGGUUAUUUUUUUCUUCACUCUGUGACCACUUACACCCGAAUCUCAGUUAGCCAUGCAUUAAGAGGAACAGAGUCGGAUUUCCUGAUGGACUGCUUGAACUAAAAAAAAAAAAAAAAAAAAAAAAAGGUGUGAUGAUCUUCUGAAUGAAUGCUCUGCCCCUUCUAUUAGUGACCUUUUCAUCCCAGCCUUUUCACAUCUCUGGUUUUUGCACACUGAUCCUGUACUUUUGUCAAUCUUGUUCUGCAAAGGUGUCGAUGUAUAAAAGAAAAAAAAAAAGCAUGUUUCUGGUUUUAUCAAAAUUGAUGUUCCCAUGAGAAGCACAGCCACAAGGGUCCAAUCAUCAGUGUCCUGUAUUUUUCUAAUGUGAAAAAAAGAAGAAUAUUAUAUCAUCACAGAAUUUGUUAAUAUAUGUAUAUGUGUGAAAAGAUGGAUAUGAUAUAGAAUAAUGUGUGUAUUGCCCAAUCAUAGUUGACCAAUCUUUCAGUGUCGUAUGCAAGAGGCUGUGUAUAAUUGUCACGACUUGUAGGGCUGGAUUCACACAGGAAGUCGAAUUUAAUACUGUAACUGUGUCCCAGAUACUCAGAAAAAAAACGAUGAGAUUCGCACGGAGCUACAAACAAAAUCCUACUUUUGUUCCUGUUUAAAUCCAGUGUGAAUGACUACAAUGAGGCUCCCCGUGCGCAGCUCCGUGGGAGGGCCACUCACGUUUAUGUGCAGUUGUUUGUUGCAAUCCAUAUGACAUGUUGGGGAAAAUAUAAACAAGCAAAAAAAACAGAUUCUCUAUGUGCCACAGUACUCUGAGAAAUACAAAUGUAUUAUGAAAUGAAUAAAAUUUGCAAACUGAA